AUGAAUUCCUACGACAAAAUUACAGAGACUAUUAAUCCAAUAUUAGAGAAAGAAUUAAAGACCGAUGCUGAAAUUCGUAAACUUUGGUCAGAGAGCAUUCAUUGCUACGAUCAACGUCAAACGUUCAACAAGGCCAAUGAAGUUUAUGAUUUUAUAAUCGUUGGAGCUGGAACCGCCGGAUGU